AUGUCCUCAUACAGCACAUUCAGCAUCAUGGCUGCGGAUGCGGCGGCUGCUCGCCUACCGAUCUGCAUCCCGUAUCUCUACUCUCUGCCUCUGUUGCUCGUUUUCACCCUUUCUUUUCCAGCCUUGGGCCUCGGGCUGCUGGGGUUCCGUCCGGAGGACACAGGAGGAGAGCUGUCCGUCGAGGACGGGGUGCUGAAGGCAACCGAGGGAACACGGUUCCUGCUGCGUGUCUACUAUGCAGCAUCCCAGCAGCGACUCAACAGAACUGUCAGCGGCGCAGCCGAUACAGCGACUGCACCAUGGAUUGCUUUUAUUGAAGAGCCGUACCCGCUCAAGGAAGGACAGGUACACCCCAAGCCCAACCUCUGCAUGGACAAGAACGCCAGGACCUCUGACAUUGAACUGCUGGGAUCUUUCAAGUCCGUGUCCAGUCACAAUUCUGUUUUGAUAGAGUUUCUCGCCAAAGAUCUGCGCAGGGGCGAGAAAAUAAAAUAUUACUCUAUGUGUGCUUUUGAUGGGAAAAAGUGGGAGCACUUUAGGACUAGAGACUUCUGGAUUGCGGUGGUGGAGCGGUCCCCAGAAGCUGAACGAUGGCUCCAGGUGGCCGUGUCGGCAUUGCUGUUGGGGCUUUCCGCACUCUUUAGCGGGCUUAACUUAAGUAUGCUGGCGCUGGACCCAGUGGAACUACGAGUUCUUCAGAACAGUGGCACCGACAAGGAGCAGAAGUAUGCCCAGAAAAUCGAAUCGGUCCGGAAACACGGCAACUAUGUGCUUUGCACGUUACUUCUGGGCAACGCGCUCAGCAACGCUUCUUUAGCGGUCUGGAUGUGUCAAAUUCUAGGGGUGACCUGCCUGUCUACUGUUACCUGUUCCAUAUGCAUAUUUGUUAUCGGUGAGAUCCUCCCACACUCUGUGGCGUCCAGACACGGGCUGGCGAUUGCGUCCAAAACCAUCUGGGUGACCCGUUUGCUAAUGUUAAUAUCUUUCCCCAUAUCCUACCCUAUCAGCAAACUGUUGGACAACAUGCUCCAUCAAGAAAUCAGUAACUUUUACACCCGCGAGAAGUUGCUAGCCAUGCUGCGCGUGACAGACCCGUACCAUGACCUCGUGAAAGAAGAGCUAAAUAUUAUUCAAGGCGCCCUGGAGCUCAGGACCAAGACCGUGGAGGACGCGCUGACACCCCUGAACGACUGCUUCAUGCUGAUGUCCGACGCCGUGCUCGAUUUUAACACCAUGUCGGAAAUCAUGCAGAGCGGGUACACCCGAAUCCCAGUGUACGAGAACGAGAGGUCCAACAUCGUCGAUAUUCUGUUCGUGAAGGAUCUGGCCUUUGUCGACCCCGAUGACUGCACUCCGCUGAAAACCAUCACGCAAUUCUACAAACACCCCAUGCAUUGCGUUUUUAACGACACCAGGUUGGAUGCUAUGCUGGAGGAAUUCAAGAAAGGUAAAUCGCACCUGGCCAUUGUGCAGAGGGUGAACAGCGAGGGCGAGGGCGACCCCUUCUACGAAGUGAUGGGCAUCAUCACCCUGGAGGACGUCAUUGAGGAGAUCAUCAAGUCUGAGAUCCUGGACGAGACCGACCUUUACACUGACAACCGGACCAAGAGGCGGGUUUCACACCAUGAGAGGAAGCAGCAGGAUUUCUCCAUCUUCAAGGUGUCUGAGAAUGAGACGAGGGUGAAGAUCUCCCCACAGCUGCUCCUCGCAACUCACCGCUUCCUCGCCACGGAGGUGGAGCCCUUCAAGUCCUCCCACCUGUCGGAGAAGAUCCUCCUGCGGCUGAUCAGGCACCCCAGCGUGGUCCAGGAGCUCAAGUUCAACGAGAAGAACAAGCGUGACCCGUGUCACUUCCUGUUCCAGCGCAACAAGCCCGUGGAUUAUUUCAUCCUCGUGCUGCAGGGGCGUGUGGAGGUUGAAAUUGGGAAGGAGGGGUUGCGCUUUGAGAAUGGUGCAUUUACCUACUACGGCGCGCCCGCCCUUGUGCCCACUCUCGCAACAGUUCACAGGUCUCCAUCGCGAAGCAGCGGGCUUAACUGCUCCGACACCAUGAUUACCGGAGGCAGCACCGGCCAGCUGAACACCAGCAGCAGCACAUACCUGCCUGAUUACUCUGUCCGCCAGCUCACCGACCUGCAGAUCAUCAAGAUCACGCGGAAUCACUACCAGAACGCCCUGACGGCCACGCGCAUGGACAGCUCCCCGCAGACCCCGGACACGGACGCGCAGCUGAAUGAGGAGGGCGGCCCCACCUCCGAGGCCCCCAUUCCAGAGACGCGCUCCAACAGCAUCGCCCUCCCCAUCACCGAGCCCCGCCCCCGCUCCAUCAGAUCCCGCCAGCCGCAGUCCAUCCUCGGCACCACCGCUCUCAACGAGAAGAACCGCAUCGUCCGCAGCAAGUCGGACGGCCAGAAGAGCCCCAGUGACUCUGUAUUCCUGCGGAUGGACGAGAUCCCCUACAUCCGAGAGGACUGGAGCGAGAGCGAUAGGGUGAACGACUCGGUGGCCGUUCCUGUGGAGACCGACCUCCCCUCAUCUGUGUUCAUCAGCACCCUGUCUCUGACCAGCUCUGAUGAAACGCUGGGAAAGAAGCUCCUUAGAAAACUGAGCAACAAGAAGAGGAAGAAGUCCCGGGAUGGGGAGAAGACUCUGGAAGACUGUCCAGAGCAGCCCCUGGUGAAGACCUAG